AUGAUGCAUUCACCCUCUUGCAAAAACUCCGAUCUUUUGAUUCUUUACCUAAAGACCGAGGCUGGAUACCCAGGACUUGUAUUCCUAGAUCAAGAUAGCCAAUCGACCGCCCUUGGUUCCGCAAAUGCAGGUUUCGACUUUGAAGGCUCGAGAAUCUGGAGUAAUUCUACAAUCGCGGCUGGUCUCGCCAAUGGUACACUGUCGCAAGAACGACUUGACGAUAUGAUGUGGCCAUACAGAAUGUUAUGGGAUACAGCUAUGUCAACCUCAGCAAUGGAAGUCAGCCUUCUUAUGUCAGCUCUACAACAUACCGCGAUCGUUGGACCAACCACAGUGAUGUUCUUUGCCUCUUUCCAAGCCAUUGAGCAUGGCCAUCUUCGAUUCACACGCAGGUCCAGUUAUGACGAAACUGGAAUGAUUCAUGAAGGUCGUCUUGCAGUACCAUCUCUAGUCGUACUGGCGGUGGAAGCGAUAGAUAACAGUAGGCUUUGGUGGAAAUGGAACUGCACUAAGUGGAGGCAUGAAUGGAACCUUGGGGGUGGAGGUGAUGACAAUAGCUUUGGAGGAGAAAGAGGAGGAGCUGCAGGUCUUAGCGUUUGUCUCGUUUUCUUGAAAAUUUUCUCCGGCAAAGGCGCCGACCGCACUGAAUUCCGAGACACAGACCAAGAUAUCCUCGUCACCUCCGUGGCAGCCGGAUUUCACAGAACCGUCGUCAUUAUCAGCACCGUUCGUGCCCGAAUCGUCAACACCUAG